UCGACACCCCACAACGUUGUUUAUUCCGUCGAAACCAAACCAAACCAAUCUUGUUCCAUUUUGGCCCAGUUUCACGGAAUCUAAUUACUUUUCACUCUAUCACACCAUAACCGAAUAUUUCCAACCUUGUGUUCAAUCAAUUCCAUUCCGUUUCUCCUGCGAAUGAGGAACCACAACAAUCGCUGAUCGAGUAGCGAGUGUGGAAAUGGGUGGCGGUGGUGGUGGCGAUGCGGUGGCGGAUAAGCAAGCGGCGGCCAAAUGGGUGGCGACGUGGAUGGUUGGAGGGGUGAUAAUUGGGGUGUCACUGAUGGGUCUCUACUCGGGUCAGAAUCUGUGGCCUUUCAACGUCUUGUGGAGUAGAAGGCGUAACAAGAAGCCGAUUCGUGUAUACAUGGAUGGUUGCUUUGAUAUGAUGCAUUAUGGCCAUUGCAAUGCCCUUCGUCAAGCUCGUGCCCUUGGUGACCAGUUGAUUGUUGGGGUUGUCAGUGAUGCUGAAAUCAUCGCCAAUAAGGGUCCUCCUGUCACACCACUUCAUGAAAGGUUGAUUAUGGUGAAUGCUGUGAAGUGGGUUGAUCAGGUUAUUCCUGAAGCUCCCUAUGCUAUAACUGAGGAAUUCAUGAAGAAGCUUUUUGAUGAGUACAAUAUUGACUACAUCAUUCAUGGAGAUGAUCCUUGUGUUCUUCCGGAUGGAACUGAUGCUUAUGCUCACGCCAAAAAGGCUGGCCGUUACAAGCAGAUAAAGCGCACCGAAGGAGUUUCCAGCACUGAUAUUGUUGGUCGAAUGCUUCUUUGUGUAAGAGAAAGGACUAUUACUGAGAGUCAUAAUCAUUCUUCUUUACAAAGACAGUUUAGCAAUGGCCGUGGUCAGAAGUUUGAAGAUGGUGGUGUUACUGCAAGUGGAACUCGUGUAUCUCAUUUUCUGCCUACAUCUCGUAGAAUUGUUCAGUUCUCAAAUGGGAGGAGUCCAGGUCCUGGUGCACGCAUUGUAUAUAUUGAUGGCGCUUUUGAUCUCUUUCAUGCUGGACAUGUUGAGAUCCUGAGGCUUGCUAGGGAAUGUGGAGAUUUUCUUCUGGUUGGAAUACACACCGAUCAUACAGUCAGUGAAACUAGAGGUCUACAUCGUCCCAUUAUGCAUCUUCAUGAAAGAAGUCUAAGUGUCUUAGCAUGCCGAUAUGUGGAUGAGGUUAUAAUUGGUGCACCAUGGGAGGUGUCUAAGGAUAUGAUCACAACCUUUAACAUCUCAUUAGUUGUUCAUGGAACCACUGCUGAAAAUAAUGAUUUUCAGAAGGAACAAUCAAAUCCGUAUGCUGUUCCCAUCAGCAUGGGCAUCUUCAAAAUCUUAGAAAGUCCUUUAGAUAUAACCACUACUACAAUAAUUAGAAGGAUCGUAUCAAAUCAUGAGGCAUAUCAGAAACGUCAUGAGAAGAAGGGCGAGAGUGAGAAGAGAUACUACGAGAGCAAGACUCAUGUCACUGGAGACUGAUUCAUGUCUUUCGUUUCUAAGAUGAACAUCAAAGGUCACCGCAGGCUUUUGCUCUCUUUCUUAUGGGAAAAUGACAGAUAGUUUCAGCUUGGAGCGCAUAAUUGACAUGUUGUUCGCGUCUAUGAUUAAUCAUUUGUUACACUGAUUUAGUAUGAUUAAUCAUUUGUUAAACUGAUUUAACUAAUAGUUUACUUAGAGUUGACCAUGAACAAUUAGGUGUUCCUCAAAUAAAUUCAUGGUUAACUUCUGAAUUAUUUUGGUUAAAUUGGUUUGGCAAAUGGUUAGAUUUGCGAACUAAGAUGCCUCAUGUGUGUUCCAAGUCAUACAAGCUGUCAUUUUCCCUUUUAGUAUUAUUUUUAUUUUUGUUUUUCAAAUAACCUGCUACCAUGUGUUAGUGCUUUAUGGGAAUUUGAUGAGGACUGUGUCCGAUCAAGUACUCUAGUUUUGUUUGGUUAAUUAGGAAAAUGUAUUAGUUAAAUGACAAUUAAUAUUGUAGUUUUUUUCAAUUUCUGUUUCUAUUAACCUAGCAAUGAAAUUGUGUAAUCAUAUUUUAUGGAUAUGGCAUAUGGUUUCGGUUCUUGAUA